AUGGUUUUACAUAGAGAAGUGAGAAAAAUGAUUUAUGACGUAUACUGUUUUAUGAAGAGGGAAGCUGAUAAUAAUGUAGUUAAUAAUUUAAAACAAUGUAUGAAACGGACCGCAGAGGCAACAAAAUGUUCCGAGUCGACAGUGAGACGAAUAGUAAAGGGUUCAAAAGAUUCGGAAUUUCUUACUGUUUUCCGAACUCCCGGCAAAAAUAAAAGAAAAAAAACAAAACCAAUAACAGACAUUGACAGCUUUGACCAGGGUGUUAUAAAAAGAAUGAUCCAUAAUUUUCACGUUACUGAAAAAGAAUUGCCUACCAUAGGCAAGUUGCAAAGGAAGUUACAGGAUGACAUACAUUUCCAAGGAUCUGCAGCAAGUCUCAGGCGAGUAUUGAAAAACUUGGGUUUUAAAUGGAAAAAAACGGAAACCAAUAGAAAAAUCUUAAUUGAGCAGUCACAAAUUCGAUUUCAAAGAAUUGAAUAUCUGAGAAAGAUUAAAAAAUAUAGAGAGGAAGUAAGACCUAUCAUUUACACUGACGAAUCAUACGUCGAUAGUUCCCAUGCGUCUCACCAUGCUUGGACAGACGGUUCCACCAAGGGCAUUAAAAAACCUGUAUCUAAAGGUAGCCGCUUAGUCAUAGUGCAUGCGGGUGGCGAUGCAGGUUUUGUGCCGAAUGCUUUACUGACGUUUAAAGCCGGUACAAAAAGCGGCGACUACCAUGACAAUAUGAAUUCUGAAAAUUACGAGCGGUGGCUCCGUACUCAACUGAUACCAAAUUUACCGCCUAAUUCAGUCGUGGAAGUCGAUAAUGCAUCGUACCACAAUAAACAACUCGAUACUGCACCAACGUCCAAUUCAAAGAAAGCAGACAUGCAAACCUGGUUUCGUCAAAAAGGUAUUGAAUUUGAAGAGACCAUGCUAAAGCCGGAGUUGUACAACUUAAUAAAAAAAUGCAAAGAUAAAUUUAAGAAAUUUAACAUCGAUGCUAUUUUGAACGAAGCAGGACAUUCUGUACUUCGUUUGCCCCCAUAUCACCCGGACCUGAAUCCUAUUGAAAUGGCCUGGUCCCAAAUAAAAAGUUAUGUUGCCUGUAAAAAUGUAACUUGGAACCUGACACGUAUAACUGAGUUGAUUCAUGAAAAAGUAAAUUUAAUGGGAGCAACAGAAUGGGGGAAGCUAUGCACGAAGGUAAAAGAAAUAGAGGCUGAUUACUGUAAAAGCGAUCAUGUGGUGGACAUGAUGACAGAAACAUUUGCUAUCCACAUAGGGGAUCAUGAUUCCGACUCAGAUGAGGAUGGAAGCUCGAGUGACGACAGCGACGACGAUGAAAUGGCCACUUCUAGCACCAACACCGCGUCCUCAUCUGGUUUUCACGUCACGCAUGAUGACUUAAUGGAAGGAGUUUCAACAUUACUUUAA